AUGACGAGUUACAUGAGUAAUCCAGAGCGGUUUUCCUACCAACACGGUCGUGUCAAAGUGAAAACGACAGCUCAGCAAGCUGAGGAGAAGAGAUUAGAGCGCGAGAAAAAGAAAGCCGCAUAUCUCGCGGCAACUGGACUCAUAUACAAGAAAAGAACAGCGGGGGAACUCGACGAUGAGCUCCUAAACUACACUGCCGGAAUCCUCAUGAAUAACCCAGACGAUUCUACCCUAUGGAAUAUAAGGAGAGAAAUCUUCCUUAAAAUGAAAGCAGAUGGAAUCGAUACCGAUGGACGAACGAAAGACGAACUCUCACUGACGCAACAAACCCUAAUGAAGAACCCGAAGUCUUAUGGAUCGUGGUUCCAUCGGGGCUGGACGAAUGAGAAUCUUCCCGAUAGUCCGGACUGGAAGAAGGAGCUAGAACUCUCUGAGCGGUUUCUAGAGAAGGAUGACAGGAAUUUUCAUUGUUGGGAUUACCGGCGUUUCCUCGUGGCGAAGAAUUCGGUCUCCGACGCGGAGGAGCUCGAGUUCUCCAGGAAACGGAUCAACUCAAACUUCUCGAAUUAUUCGUCUUGGCACUAUCGAUCGAAGCUUCUACCGAAGCUGACACCCGGGAGGGACGGAGUUUCCAUCGAGAAGAAACAACUCGAAGCGGAGUUCAAGCUCGUACUCAAUGCAGCUUUCACGGAUCCACAAGACCAGUCCGCGUGGAUGUACCAUCGAUGGUUGUUGGGGAAAGAGGAGCCGAAAGGUGCCCUGAUGCUCUUAAAGUGGUAUCCGAAGGAAAGAUCUGUUCUCGCUGUUUUCGACAAAGCAUUGACCGAGAAUACGCUGCCGGUCGAAGCCCCGGAAGGGCAGGUUCUGGAAGGGCCAAAGUGGGAGAAAGUUGGGGGUCUGCCGGCUGCCUGGGUCUGGAGAUAUCAAUACGGAGAUCUCGGGGAACCUGAAUCCAUAGUGGUCGGUUCAACAAAGCUGUGCCUGUCAUGUACGGAGUAUCGAAGCGACUUGGGUGCCGAAACUCCCGAGAGCCUGCUGGAGAGAAGAGCUAAUCUCCAAUGGCAGUUGGAAUCGACGGAACAGAUAAUUGAAAUGGAGCCCGAUAGUAAAUGGCCCUUAUUGACUUCGGUUGUGCUCUUGCAUGCGAUGAAGCCCGAUCCCUGCCACCUGCGCAAAUACCGGGUCUUGGAUAAACUGAAGGAAGUCGAUCCCUACAGGAAAAAUUAUUACGAUGAUUUGAAAUCCAAGCUCCUCAUCGAAGAUCACCUCAAGCCUAACACGCUUGAGGUCGAUCUUUCCUCGUUAGGCCUGACUUCGCUGCAUGGAUGUCACCUUAUGGCUACUGCAGAGAAACUAGAUUUGAGCAAUAAUCAAUUGACGCUGGAGAAGUUGAGGCAUCUCCGAAACUGCGCCCGCCUAAAAUCUCUCAUCGUCACCGGGAAUGCUGUGACAAAGGACGACGUUUUCGAUUUCCUGCCUUCGCAUGUUCAUAUUGAGCGUUAA